UGAAUGAGUGUCUGUGGAGUCACUGGAGUUUCUGCAGAGUUCACAGAUACUAUGGCUGAAGUCCUGCUCUUCACUCUGCUCGUGUUUCUGCAUCAUGGAUCACUUAUCCUCGUUUCCUCCGGACCUGCUGACGACUCAGUGACAUCCACUGUUGCUUCUCCUUCGACUGUGACCCCCUUUUCUGCAGGAAACACUGUGAGCGCUGCAAACAACACUGAAGACCCCCCCACUGGAUUCACAACAGACAAACCUCAGACGAGCAGCAAGCAUGUGACUGAAGCAACAGCCGAGAGAAAAGCUCCCAGACCAGAAGCUGAGGAAGAGGAUGAAGGGCCUCUGGAGUUUGCGAGGAGAUCAACCAGGAGCGUUGCAAAGAAACCCAAAGUGGUGCCGAGGAAACCCCGAGUCCUCAGCGAGAAGCUUGUUAAGAAAACCGAACCGCAGGUCAAACUGAGCGUGAGCCAAUCAGUGGCCGGCACGGACGCGGCCUCACCCAAGUGUCCUCCGCUGGGCCUGGAGUCCCUGAAGGUCAGAGACACUCAGCUGAGGGCGUCCUCCUUCAAACGCAGAGGGCUGGGACCUCACCGCGGCCGCCUCAACAUCCAGUCGGGGGUGGAGGAUGGAGAUAUCUACGACGGAGGCUGGUGUGCUCAGUACAGAGACAAGAAUCAGUGGCUGGAGGUCGACGCUCGGAGGCCGACCCGCUUCACCGGCGUCAUCCUGCAGGGCCGCAGCUCCAUCUGGAGCUGGAACGUGGUGCACACCUACAAGGUCCAGUUCAGCAACGACUCUCUGGUCUGGAAACCGAGUAUGAACGGGACCAAAGAAGCUGUAUUCGAGGGGAACGAGGACUUAGAGACCCCCGUCCUCGCCCUGUUCAACACGUCCACUGUGGCUCGGUACAUCCGGAUCAACCCUCAGACCUGGUACCAGAACGGGACGCAGGGCGACGUCUGCCUGAGAGCCGAGGUGUUGGGCUGCACGCUCCCAGAUCCAAAUAACAUCUACGCCUGGCAGACAGAGCCGAGUGAGUCCAGAGACAAACUGGACUUCAGACACCACAACUACAAAGAGAUGAGGAAGCUGAUGAAGUCCGUGCACGAGUCGUGUCCUGACAUCACUCGUAUCUACAGCAUCGGAAAGAGCUACGGGGGCCUGAAGCUCUACGUCAUGGAGAUCUCCGACAAUCCUGGGAAACACGAGCUGGGUGAACCAGAGUUCCGAUACGUUGCAGGGAUGCACGGGAACGAGGUGCUGGGCCGAGAGCUUCUUCUCAAUCUGAUGCAGCACAUGUGUGAAGAAUACAAACGUGGCGACCAGCGCAUCGUCCGCCUCGUCAAGGAGACUCGCAUCCACCUCCUGCCCUCCAUGAACCCUGAUGGCCACGAGACGGCUUUUAAAAAGGGCUCGGAGCUGGCCGGUUGGGCCGUGGGCCGUUACAGCUACGAGGGAAUAGACAUGAACCAUAAUUUUGCCGACCUGAACUCAGAGAUGUGGAACGCCAUCGAGCUGGAGACGGACCGGUCCAAGCUCAUCAACCACUACUUCCCCAUCCCUGAGGCGUACACCUCUGAGCAGGCCUACGUGGCGUCAGAAACCCGAGCCGUGAUCGACUGGAUGCAGCACAUCCCGUUUGUCCUCAGUGCCAACCUCCACGGGGGGGAGCUGGUGGUCGCCUACCCGUUCGACAUGACCCGGGACUGGGCCCCUCGGGAGCACACGCCCACCCCCGACGAGAGCUUCUUCCGCUGGUUGGCCACAGUGUACGCCAGCACCAAUCAGGUGAUGUCCAACCCGGACCGGAGGCCCUGCCACAACAAGGACUUCCUCAGAUACAACAACAUCAUCAACGGAGCCGACUGGCACAAUGUACCAGGAAGUAUGAACGAUUUCAGUUACCUCCACACCAACUGCUUCGAGGUGACGGUGGAGUUGUCCUGUGAUAAGUUCCCUCACGCCAGCGAGCUUCCCAUCGAGUGGGAGAACAACCGAGAGUCUCUGCUGGUUUACAUGGAGCAGGUUCACCGGGGGAUUAAAGGUGUGAUUCGGGACAAAGACACAGAGGCUGGAAUAGCAGAUGCUGUAAUAAAAGUUGAUGACAUCGAUCAUCAUAUAAGAUCAGUUGCUGAUGGUGACUACUGGCGGCUGCUGAAUCCCGGCGAGUACAAAGUGACAGUGAGCGCAGAGGGAUACCUCCGCUCCUCCAGGACCUGCCGGGUCAUGUACGACCACUACCCGACCAUCUGCGACUUCCGCCUCACCAAGAUCCCCGAGCAGAGGCUGAAGCUGAUCAUGGGGAAGGGGGGGAAACUCUCCGGGGACCUGCAGCUCAAACUACGUCAGCUGCGUCUGCGUAAACUCCGGGUCACCACGAAGGCCAUCAACCAGAGGCGGGCUGCUGCAGCCAAACGGGCGAAGAGGGUGUGAUGAAGAGAAGAGAAGAAGA